AAAUCAGUGGAGAGCUUUCUCUUCUGCUUCCUAAAACUACAUAUUGCUCCUUUACUUGUGCUCCAGAGAAUGACCUGUCAGCGUCAGUACCAGCAGCACAGUGCUGCACCAGCACAGUGGGAGGGACUUCAUAGAUCCGACCGAGAGACUGGGAGGUACAGAGAGAGUCACAGAGAGAAAAAAGCGGAGGAGAGUCGGAGCUGGUGCAGUCUGUCUCUGUCUCUCUCCGUCUCACCACACAGCGCCACUUUUGAACUGCGCGCCGGCUCAAGAGACGCCUCAUAAAUAUUUAACGAAAACCUGGAGUCUGAUAUCGCGGAGAAAGCAGAAGAAACAGAAGAAGGAAGUAUUUAACAGUCGCUCAAGUGUUGCUGUUUCCCGGCUGAGUCAGUGAAAGAGAGAUUUCUAAACUCUGCGCAAGACGGAGGAAGGGGAAAGUCGACGAGUGGCGCUCUGAGUCAGCUCGGGGCUGAUGGGUCUCUCCGUACAUCCCCGCCGUCUCUGCUUCCAGGCGAUGGUGUCAAGAGGUCAGGGUCUGUGUCUGCUGUCCGGGAGCUCCUCACCAACCCCCCUCUGAGCAGGCACACCUCUCCUCGGCAGCUUCACCAUGAACGACAGCGAGUUCUCGCGUCAGUCGUGCUUCAACGUCUCCUGCAACGAAACUCCCACCGUCAACUGGGAAGGCAAGCCGGUAACGAGCAUCGUCAUGUUCCUGGCCGGCGUGGUGGGGAACCUGCUGGCCCUCUUCAUCCUCGGGGUGCACCAGAAGGAGCAUCGCUCCAGGUCGUCCGUCUUCUGCAUCCUGGUGACCGGCCUGGCGCUCACCGACCUGCUGGGCACCUGCCUCCUCAGCCCGUCCGUGUUCAUCUGCUACGCCCGCAACAUGUCCCUGAUCAGUCUGGGCGGUGACGGCCUGUGCAACCUCUUCGGCUUCGCCAUGAGUUUCUUCGGCCUGGCGCCCACGCUCAUCCUGUGCGCCAUGGCCGUGGAGCGCUGCCUGGCCAUCAGCCACCCGUACUUUUACUCCGUCAACAUCCGCCGCAGCUUCGCCAAAUUCACCCUUUUCUUCAUUUACCUCUUUUCUCUGGUCUUCUGCCUCCUGCCGUACACCGGCUACGGCAAGUUCAGGCAGUACUGCCCCGGGACGUGGUGCUUCAUCGACAUGGACGCCACACAUGACGACCACCCCAGCCUGGUGCGGGCCUUCUCUCUGUCCUACUCGUCCCUCAUGGCGCUGCUCAUCUUGGCGGUGUUCGUGUGCAACGGCUCGGUCAUCGUCAGCCUGUGCAAGAUGCACCGGAGCCAGAUGAUGCGGCGCGGCUCGGUCGGGUCGACGGGGAGGAGGAAGAAGCUGAGCCUGGCCUGGUUCGGACAGGGGGAGGAGGAGAUGGACCACCUGGUGCUGCUGGCGCUCAUCACUGUCAUCUUCGUGGUCUGCUCCCUGCCGCUCACUAUUGCAGGUUUCAUCAACGCCAUCCACCCGUUUUGUGGCGACAAAGAGAACCUGACAGCCUUCCGCUUCUACGCCCUCAACCCCAUCGUGGAUCCUUGGGUCUUCAUCAUCUGCCGCAAGUCCGUGUUUCGCCACCUCUGCUCCCUGCUGAGCUGCCGCUUCAGCCGAGGAGCGGUGAAGACGACGGCACACUGUGCUCUGUCUUUACCGCUUGACAAUCACAUACAGCGCAACCCCCCGGUUGUGACGGUUCAGCAGAGCAGCAUGUACGCCAGUUUACCUCUGUGACCCAGCAGACACCCUCAGCUGUGCAGAGAGCUGGGAGACUUUCGCGUCGGAUAAAACGGUGGAGGAAAGCUGUCAAAUGAAACUUGAACAUUUGCAUACCGGAUCUCUCCACUCACCAAGACUUUGACAACAAAGUGUCACAGUGGAAAUCGUUGCCGUUACAGUUUCCCUAUGAGCUCGCUUUGGGGGGAAAAUGAUUGCACUAAGUCUUUAAACUUCAUCGACUGAUGGAAACUGUUUCAAAGUUACCAGGAGAGUUGUGCCAUAAAGCAAACAGCACUGUAACGUAGCACUAAGAAACGCAUCAAACCAUAUCAUGCCUAUGAUUCAUAUCCUGUCAAAUCAGAAUAUAUGCACUCGGGUAAAGCUAUACGCAUCAAUGUAUACUGUCUGUUUCUCUAAGACACUGCCAGGUAUCUGUUGAUUUAUAGAUUGUCCACAGCUACAGCGAUGAAGUUCACGUUCAACAUGAAGAUGACGGUUUAUUUCGUUGUUAAACUAUUUCCCUUGUCCAUGAUAAUAAUACAUCUGAGACACAUUUUAUUCAGGGACAGGUUGUCACUUGAAUAAGGUAACAAGGUGCAGCAUGAAUCUAAAUAUAAACCACUCGCAGGUCACGAUUUAGAAUAGUCGAUCACGUCUGAACACGAUGUCACGCUAACCUUCCUUCUAAGGCUUAACUCUGGCACAGAGGUGCUUUGAGCUACAGGCCAAAGUCAUGUGCUCACAAUGACAAGCAGCACCAAAGAUUAGUAGAUCAGUUGUCCACUGUUUACUCAACCAAACAUUUUGCUAAUCAUAUAAUGAUUCUGUGUAUUUGAUUUGAUUUCUUUGAUUCCAGCUUCUUAAAUGUGAAUAUUUUCUGGUUUCUUUACUUCUCGAUAACUGAAUAUCUUUGGGUUGGGGAAACAAAACAAGACACUUGAGUACGUCCUCUUUUGUUUUAGGAAACAAUGAUCAGCAUUUUUUCAUUUUGCAUAAAUUAUUUGACAUUUUAUAGACCAAACAACGAGUUGAUUAAUUGAGAGCAUAAUAUAUAGCGUGAUCAACAAUGACAUCAUCAUUAGUUGCAGCUCUAAUGCCAAUGCUGACAUGAGGAUAUUAAGCAGAUACAAUGUUUACCAUAUUCACCAUCAGAUAAAACACAAAGUACAGCUGAGGUGAAUGUCAUCGGUUUUGCGGAUGUUUAGUCAUGAAUUAAAGUUUUGGACCGAUUCAAAUGUUGACUUCGGGAUGUCGAUGAAAGAAAAAAGUGAAAGUUGAUACUAAUCAUCCCUCUUGGCACCAUAGAUAACUAUGACACGUGGAAAUCUAUCCUCUCCUGCUCUUAAACAAUUGAAGAUAUCCUGUGAGGACCAGAGAAUUAAUAUUCUAUCACGCACAUUAUUGACAGUAUUUUAUGGACACUUAAGUUGUAUAAGUGGAUCUACAUGUUUGGCAUGUUGCUUCAUUGGGAUUACCUUACGCAACAUGUACUGCGCUCCUCCACUCCUCCACUCCUCCACUGCUGUUUUUAAUGUUGGUCAUAAAACUUGCUUGAAUAUUCGUUUUUUGGUCCAUCCAGUUCAUGUUGAGACAUUUCAGUCGGGACCAGAGUGGUGGACUGACAGACCAGAAUUGGCUUCUCUAGAACAGCACCAGUAGCGUUAUUGAAACAAUGUUUUUUUUUUUGUUUUUUUUUUUUUUUUAAAGACAAGUCUUGAAUUUAUUAUUUACUUCUCUAUUAUAAAGUGCAAGUCUGGUGUCCGGAUGCAUUGUAUUUACAUUGUACCUGUGAUAAUCAUCGGACUCAUACUGCAGUGCUGUAUGUUGACAUAGCUCAAAUAUUUGAGGCGUGUUCCCUGCACACAGCACGGUUUACCUGCAGCACAGACUGCUGGUAGAAUGAAAUAUGAAUAUGAACAUAUUGUAUAGACACUAAUCGAUUAGAAUCUCAUCUUUCUGGGUGUUCAAGCAGGAACGACCUGUUGUAAAAUUAAAACUCUCAAUGUAUUGCAUGAAUGUGUUCCCCUCCCCUCCUUCUCCUUCUCACUGAUUUCUAAGCUACCUAUGAUGAUGAUUGUCUGUGAAUGUGUCUUUCUAUUCGAAAAAACUCUGCUGCUGCAUAAUGCACUGUGAGAAAUAGUCUUUUGCUGUUGUUGCUGUGACUUUUUAAUGCUGUAACUGCGUUUUAAAUAUAGUGUAUUUAUGCCUUUUAAACUGCACUGUAAUGUUGUGUAUCCUUACACUCGAGUUAGUUUGGUUCAUGCUGUGUCGUGCCGAUGUUAAAGGGUUUUAACAGAGACGGGGAUUUGAGUUCAGUUUUUCUUGUUUUGCACAUUCACGUUGAUUCGCUUUACUGUCCUUAAACGCUCAGUCAUGCGUGACCCGAGGUAAGUCACAUUACGACUCGCACAUUUGGUCUUUUUUUUGGUGUUCAAAGUAUUUGAGUUGUUCAGUAAAAUGAAUGAAAGAGUACAUUUUUAGACUAAAAAGAUGGUAUUCAUUAUAUGGCACACAUUUUGUUCAUGUGAGUUAAAGUAUUAAUAAAUGCAAC